UGUGAUUCUCGUUCAGGUGCCACCUCGGAUCGUCGUCUACGAACGUGAGAUGGAAGAACGAUGAGGCCGUGCAACCGUGGAGCGCAGAUGCUCGUCACUACAGCCGGAGCGUUUGCUGCGUUCAGCCUCAUGACCAUCGCAGUGGGAACGGAUUAUUGGCUUUACUCGCCCGGAGUGUGUCGCACCGAGAGCACGGGCGACAACGACACCGCCCAAAAGAACGAAGAGGUUCUCACGCACUCGGGGCUCUGGCGCCAGUGCUGCAUGGAAGGUCUGUUCACAGGUGUGUGUAAAAACAUUGAUCAUUUCCCAGAAGACGCUGAAUACGAACAAGAUGCAGCAGAAUACUUGCUCCGAGCAGUGCGUGCCUCCAGUCUUUUCCCCAUCAUGAGUGUUGGGCUGCUGUUUGUUGGUGGAGUGUGUGUCGCUGCCAGUGAGUUCUACAAAAACCGCCACAACGUCAUCCUGAGCGCAGGACUAUUCUUCGUCUCCGCCGGUCUCAGUAACAUUAUCGGGAUCAUCGUGUACAUUUCCGCUAACGCCGGAGAUCCGAAUCAGAGCGAGUCGAAGCGGAGUCACUGGUACGGCUGGAGCUUCUACUGCGGCGCGCUCUCCUUCAUCAUGGCGGAGACGGUGGGCGCGCUCACGGUGCACCUCUUCAUCGACUCGCACCGCACGCGCACUUUCCGCCGUGCGCCUCGGAACCGCGUGCACGCGUCGCUCCAGAGCCGUCGCUCCUCCAGCUACCGCUCGCGCUACCGCGGCCACGUGCACGCGCACGCUCUCCCGCGCUCGCCAGGCGCCGGCCGCCCGAGCAACGACGAGGUCGCGCUCCGCUCGCUCCGUUACGCGCCGGCCACGCCCCACGCGCUCGCGCAUGCUCAUUACAUCAAAGCGGAGAACGGCCUCGCCUUUCACGCGCACAGCCACGGCGUGUAUCACGAGAAGGAGAACCCCGGCGCGCUCACGCCGAAGAAAAAGUGCGCGCUCCCGCUUCUGAGCAGCAGCAGCAGCGCCGCCACGCGGAGAACCACACCGGUGUGAAACUAUUCAACCCGAUCAUCUGAAUCUGAAUCUGAAUCAAUUCAUCACAUGUAUUCUAUUAAAGCUUCAAUAAAAGCACACGCAUUCACACCUACACCGCGCAGCUCCGCCUCGCGCGCUCACACUCCAACAGCGGCUCCGGUACAGUCCGUUAACCGCUGCGGGGUUAAAGCGUGUCGCGCGCACACACCGAGAAUCAAACACUGCUGAUAGCGAGCAUCAAACAAAUGUGUUUCUCCCGAGAGAGGGAGAGAGAGAGAGAGAGAGAGAGAGAGAGAGAGAGAGAGAGAGAGAGAGAGAGAGAGAGAAAAGAGAGAGAAGAGAGGGGGAGAGAGAGAGAGAA